AUGGCGUCUUGGUUAACACUCGUGCCAGGGGACACUUUCGCUGUUUACUACAGUGACGACAAUGUGUAUCACGAGAGGCUGGCCCUUUGGCGACUUCAAGAUGGUGUUUGGUUCAUCUUGACCCCCGACGGCGACCUCUACCCCGAAGAUCUUCGGUGCGCGGGGGGGGACGGACCGAUAAGGGCCAAAGUGAAGGAUCGGGAUUUUAAGUACUGGAGCCGAGUGGGCGGUCCGGCGUAUCGAUUCGCCUCCCGACUCACCGAUGAUGACUUCAAGCAGCGGAUCAGAGAAGCUUACCGACAAGGCCUCCAGGAACCAGCCUUUGACAACAAUUGGCGACCUGCAGAGAUCCUGAAUAUGGAGGGUGUCAGGGUAUCUUCAAGUGAUUUCCUGGGCGGCCUCUUGGUGACUCGCAGACUGGCCGGUAAGCAGUCCGGUUUGGCACCCGUGACCGGCCCGGCUAGUCCAGGGGGAACGGGUUUCGCUGCACCUUGCCUGCACUCACUGGCCCCAAUCACCCGUGCAUCCCAUGGCAAGGUAUGGAUCGCCACUGAGAGCCUAGAAGGGGUGAUGCGAGGCCAGAGUGUUGAGGUAGAUGUUGCGACGGAUGUCCAGUUCGGCGACCACACUGGGCUAGUGUCACGGAACGGCUGCUGGUUAAAAGUGGAGCUCAUUGACCGGAGCGAGAUCGAGGAGUUUCGGAAGGAGAGAGAUUUGUAUCCGAGUGUUAAUGAACUUAGAUCCUCCGACAUGCCCGAUGUGAAGGUUGAGCAAGAGCAGGCAGAGGACGAUGGGGACGCAAGGACGUUGUAUGUCGACUAUGACGAGCAAGGGCAUCGUUACAAACCUUGGCGAAAAGUAUGUCAAGAAGCCACAGAGUGUAAUUUUUCCGACGCUCCGCACGAGGGCCCCUCCACUGUCCUCUUCUUGAUCAAACAGAUGGAACGUAACGGAGGCAGUCCGAAGCUUUGGUUGGACCUUUGGUCGCGAUCUCGAGGUAUCGCGGAAACGGAUCGAGUAAGACACGAACUCCGGACUUGGAUCGCUUGGAUCGUCGAUGUGCGGGCCCCAUCUGCUGCCGUACACACAGGCCUCAUUUUCGACCCACUUCACGCGCUCUGGCAGGACACGGCGGGCCUCUCAUCGACAGGUACCCGGUCGCUCUCUGCCGACAUCUCGCUUUUGCUUUGA